AUUUAUUCAAACCGUCAAUAACUACAUCGAAUAUGUUCAAGUAAUCCAAAUAAGUAAGUGCGCAAUCAUAGAUUCCAUAAAAUACACUCAAUAAGCAAUUAAAUACGCAAACCUCUCCAACCCUUAAACCAAAGAUUGAAUCAGUGUCCACAAUCUAAAAACCCCUCCAAAAUUUAUCCAACGUUCCAACUCGUACAUAGGAAGACUAAAUUAAGAGAACUUAACCCAGAUCUCCUGUAAGAUAGACUUUUGAGAAGAAAACAUUGGAAAAUAAAUCAUGCAUUUCAAAUUUUGAUGAGAAGCCAGUUCCCAAGAUUCUUCAAAGAGGCAAAUCUCCCUAAUCCAAUUAAACUGCAAGAAAUACUAAAGCUCAGGAUCAGUAGUGUUCAUAACCUGAAAAGCAGUCUACAUAAUAAAAGUAACCAAUUUAAUUCAAAUCAAAUCAACCAGAUUAACUACCUACUAAUUAGUCGAAUACUGAGAAAACAUAACCCAAUGUCAGUAAUAAACAAUAGACUCUAACUUAAUAAAAAUAACAAACCAAGCUUUAACUUUAAUCAAAUCAACUGAAAUCUUAAAAUAAUUAAUAAUAAUAAUAAUAAUAAUAAUAAUAAUAAUAAUAAUAAUAAUAAUAAUAAUAAUAAUAAUAAUAAUCAAUUAGACCAAAAACAGCUACAACAUCUUAAUUAUAAUUGAAAUAAACAGUUCAAUAGGAUUAAUAGCUUAAAUCUACUAAAUAGGAUUUAUCAUCAAGACCAAAUACUUAAUCAACCAAGUCAUAGUUAAAUGUUAAUAAAAAAUAGGAAGUUCCUAAUAAAACAAGAUAGCAACCAAUGUUGAAGGGGGAAUAGGUUGUGGAAGAGAAACUCUAUUAAUGUCCAGAGGGAUGCGGGAGGUCAUUCAAUGCCAAGGCUUUGGAAAAGCAUUCGAAGGUAAAUUGAGGAUUGAUAAAUAUAUAUAUAGAUUUGUAAGAAGGUGUUCCAAUAGAAGAGGAAGGUGUUCAAUUCAUAGAAGCAGAGACAAAUCGAGGCUGAAGAUAAUGGACAAGGGAGGGGAGGGGCCAUGAAAAGGCAGGUGCAGAAACAGCCACAGAAAUAAGGUUAAAAGUAGUAGUAGUAGGUGAAAAGUGAGAAACCAAAAUGGAAAGCUCAGAGUGAAGCAUUCAGGGCUAUAAUCAGGUAGGCCAAAGGACAGCGAUUGACAAAGGAGGAGUAGGCAUCUUUGAGUGGGGCGAUGGAGAGUGCUUAGGAUUUGGUGUAAUGCAAGUUUUGCAACAGGAAGUUUAAUGCAGAGGCGGCCAAGAAACAUAUAGUAUUUUGUGAGACAAAAGCGAAAUAGUGUGGAAAGAGUGGGGUGUAAAAGAAAAAGAAAUGAUUAUUUUAAUUUUUAACAACUUAUGA